CAAAACGACUUAGGGCAGAGUCGUCUGAUUUCUGCAAUUUGGAUUCCACUGAAACACGAACUCCCUCUGCGCGCUCUCUCUCCGUAGCACACUACCUUUUCCCCACCAAAAUCCCAUCUCAAAGUCUCCGAAUUUCGAACCCGAACAUGCACGGAGAAGGCGGGGACCGUCGAAAGGAGAGGAUGAAAAGCGACUGCAGGAAGAUCAUGGAGAGCAUCAAUGCAAUGUGUUUCGAAAACCUGAACGACGAGCAGGUGCACUCGCUGGUGCUGAUGCGGGAAAUCGCGCGCGGAGUUUUGACUAAUCGGGUCGAGAAGGUAACCUCCAGCGACGUCAAAAAGGCCUUGUCUUCGAGCAUUGAGAAGAUGGUGGAUUCUUCUAGGGAGGUGGCGAACAUUUUGGGUGGGAUUUCGUGUGAUGGGUUGGGUACGGACGAUGUCAAAAAGGUGACGAGUAUGAAGGAGAUUGCAAUGGGGAUUGUGAGCAAACGACCCAGAGUUGUAACCAUGCUGGGUUGUGAGCCUGGUGAACUGGGUGAUGGAGUUGAUGAUUAUGAUGUAAGUGAAAAGAAUGUGUGGAGUGGAGGGAUAGAAAGCGAGUUUAGAAAUGAGGAUGGGACCCCAAGUGAGUUGGGGGAAAGCCCGGUUUAUGGGGUAACACAUGCGUCCAAUGGGAAUUCCCAGUUGGAAGGACUAGAGUCUGAGAGGACGAUUGGUGAAGAUAUGUAUGCAGCAGUGGAAGCAGUUUCCAAAGAUGAAGACGGUUGGACAGCGAUGGGAGGAAGUGUUGCGGACGCAAUGAUGAAUGCUGGCCAUGAGGAGCACUUUGGCAGGGUUGAAGGGUUGAUGUUCGAAGAUGAUUGCCUCGUGGUGGUAGCUGAUGAGUUUGGGAGUGAAGAUUGUCAAGUUGGGGUGCAGAAUUCUUUGUCACAGUCAACCCGUCAGCACCCUUUUUUGUGGCCUUCAGAUGACGGGAUAAACUUAGAGUGGGUUUGCGGCAUGAUGUCUGCUCUUGAGCAGUCACCAGAGAAUUUUCAAUCAGUGUUGUCAGUUUCUUUGGUGGAUAAAUUGAUUGAUACUGCUUCAAGUAUCCUUUGCAAGGAGCCGAACUGUGUGGCAGUUGAUUGUCAUAAAGAGGAUUCAAGAGUUGUUGUAGUUGGCGACAUUCAUGGACAGUUUCGUGAUUUACUCCAUCUCUUUGAACAUGCUGGGUUUCCCUCUGACAACCAAUUUUAUGUUUUCAAUGGAAAUUAUGUUAAUAGAGGAGCAUCGGGCUUAGAUGUGUUUAUGGUCUUGUUGGCUUGGAAGGUCUUGAUGCCUUCUAGAGUAUAUCUACUUCGUGGGAACCAGGAGUCUAAAUAUUGCACAUCUAUUUGGGGUUUUGAGGCAGAGGUUAAGGCUAAAAUCGGUGAUCAAGGUGAAUAUGUCUAUAAUAAAUGUCUUGACUGCUUUAAAGAGCUCCCUUUGGCUUCGAUCAUAGCCAAUUGUGUAUAUACCACCCAUGGAGGUCUUUUUCGGAGCAUGUGUACUACCCCUUCGAGAAGAUCCAAAAGAAAGAGGGAAGAAAAGCUGGAACUAGGUUGUUUAGAAGAUUUAUCUAAAGUUGAAAGAUCUCUUAUAGAUGCUCCAGAUGAAGGACCAAAUAUAUUACUGACUGAUGUGCUAUGGUCUGAUCCAUCAAAGGAAGAUGGUUUAGUUGAAAAAACAUUUCGAGAACGGGGUCUUUGGUGGGGUCCUGAUUGUACUGAGGCUUUUCUAAAACAAUCCAAGUUAAAGUUGAUCAUUCGAUCACAUGAAGGCCCAGAUGUAAGGGCGGAUCAAGAUGAAUUUGGUGACAUGCUAAGUGGGUACAGUUUGGAUCAUGCCGGAGACUCGGGGAAACUGUACACACUGUUUAGUGCUGCAAAUUAUUCACAGUUCGAUAAGAAGAGGUAUAACAAUGAAGGGGUCUAUGCUCUUUUGGAGCCUCCUAAUUUUCAAUCUCCUUCCUUCCACUCAUUCAUGGCUGCAGGGAGGCCAAAGGUAGAUGCUUAUGUUGAUAAUGGUGACAAAGGUUUGGUCGUUGUUGGUGAACCAGACUUGGCAUCAGUGUCUGCAACUGGUGCCACCUCUUUGUCUCAAACAUCUGUUCCACCUUGUAGUAGUUCUGAGGUUAACUUCGAGGCGUUGGGCAUUUCUAAUCCCCCUUCUUGCAGUGUUAUGGUGGCAGAUGAUGCAGGUGGCACCCAACUUGUCCAAGUUCCAAAGGCUCCUGUGGUGGAAGGAUUGCCUCUGCCUUCUGACUUACAGGUGCUAGAUCUUUCAGGAGCCGCACAAAGCUGCUUAUAAGUAUUUCUUGGAGCUAAUUGCUGGUCUGAAGCAUAUGAUUUCAACAAGGGAAGUUCAGACUGGGACGAAUGAGUCAACCAUGCAAAAGAGAGCUCGGCAUCAAAUAGAGACGCCACAAGAGGUCAACUUGAAACCUGAGGAGUAGACACGACAUGUUAUGAAUUACUAGAGAGAACAGCCGGCUUUGAUGGUGUCUGGGUGGCUGGGACAAUAGCUGGUAUUCAUCUGAUUUCUUUUCGAAAGAGAAAUGCAUAGGUGCAAGAUGCAGAUUCACAAGUAUGAUUGAUUGGCAACUUGGCAACACUUCUGAAAUGAGGUUCCCUGGACAGGUCCUGGCUAUCCAUCACAAUUACUAGACACCCAUUACGUUGCUGAACUCAAGCAACCCAAGCUGGUUCGCGAUACCGUCUCUUAAUAGUCGAAUGGACCACAGCAUGAAGAAGCUGCUGAAUCAAGAAGCUACUGCAGGUUGUGAAAGGUGGGUACAAUUGGAGUUUUCCCUUUUACUGAUCCAAGCAGUGAGCCAGCAACCACUGGUGUUCUUACGGUAUGCAAGCAGUUGCUCUGAUAUUGCCCUUUAUGAAGAGCUGGAAAGAUCGAGCAAGAACUCGUGGAAUUUCGUGCUAUUGGGACAAUGCCUAUUGAAGUCUCCUGCAACAACGAACUUGUUUUGAAGGGCGACUACAAAUCUAAGACGAUUUGGUUUGUCAUGGAGGAUGUUGAACACAAUUGAAACGGUUGGCUUGAUGGCUUUGAAACGUCAAAAUUUUUUAUCUUGUAGUGUUAGAGAUUAGUCAUUGCUCUUAUGUCCAUUUUCCUCCUUCGUUGUAAAUGAUAGUGGACUGCCUGUCCUCUAUACACAAUUGUACAAACGAUGCGUACUCACGGCGUUUCCAAGCCGCAUAAACUCGUGUUUUACGACGCA